CCUUUUCUAAUUCUUCUCCUCAUUCCACAUCUUGGAUUUAUGCUGCUAUUCCAGGUGAAGAAUCUGUUUGUAGAAGCGGGACCUGAUUUCCCUGCAGCAGAGAGAGCUGUCUCAGGCACCGAACUGCGUCCACCCCAAACUGAGAUCAAGCGGAAGCGAGACGGGUGCCUCUCCCUUCAGGGAUUAUCCUCUCAGUCUCCUACAAGCUUCCCAUCUCUUUUGUCUUUCCUUGGAGCAGGCAUGUUGGCAACAAUGGAUACCCAUCCAUCUCUUUUUCUUCAAGAAGGAGUGAAACUGGAUCAGGCUCUGGUGACACUUGAGGAGGUCGCCGUGUGCUUCACGAAGGAGGAGUGGGCCCUGCUGGAUGCUGGCCAGAGAGCCCUGCACAGCCAGAUCAUGGAGGAGAAUCGCAGGACUGUGGCCUCUCUCGGAGGUGACAGGUGGGAAGAGGAGGAUAGGAGAGAACUACAUGGGAUGUCACUGGAAAGAGACAGAAGGAAAACUAGUGACCAGCAAAGAAGGAAGACUGAAGGUAAUCAUAAUGGGAGGAAUGAUUGCCUUGCUCUGCAGGGCAAUGGCGGCCAGAACACAAUCCAGGAAGAGGUACACACUGAACAAGAAAAGAACGCAGACCAUGUGAACAAGAGAACAUACGGUUCUGAAUCAAACAGUAAAGCGCACAGCAAACUUCAAACACAGAAUAAAUCGUAUAAAUGUAUGGCGUGUGGAAAGAACUUCACUGAGAAGGCAAAGAUGAUUUACCAUCAAAGAAUUCACAUAGGGGGGAAGCCAUAUCAGUGUUUGAAGUGUGCAAAGAGCUUCAGUCGGAAGACACAUCUCAUUUCUCAUCAAAGAAUUCACACAGGGGAGAAGCCAUAUCAGUGUUUGAAGUGUGCAAAGAGCUUCAAUUGGAAGACGCACCUCACUCGGCAUCAAAGAAUUCACACUGGGGAGAAGCCUUAUCAGUGUUUGAAGUGUGCAAAGAGCUUCAGUCGGAAGACAUCUCUCACUUCUCAUCAAAGAAUUCACACAGGGGAGAGGCCAUAUCAGUGUUUGAAGUGUGCAAAGAGCUUCAGUCGGAAGACAUAUCUCACUUCUCAUCAAAGAAUUCACACAGGGGAGAAGCCAUAUCAGUGUUUGAAGUGUGCAAAGAGCUUCAAUUGGAAGAUGCACCUCACUCGGCAUCAAAGAAUUCACACUGGGGAGAAGCCGUAUCAGUGUUUGAAGUGUGCAAAGAGCUUCAGGUGGAAGAGUAAUUUCAAUCUUCAUCAAAGAAUUCACACUGGGGAGAAGCCAUAUCAGUGUUUGAAGUGUGCAAAGAGCUUCCGUCGGAAGACAGAUCUCACUUCUCAUCAAAGAAUUCACACAGGGGAGAAGCCAUAUCAGUGUUUGAAGUGUGCAAAGAGCUUCAAUUGGACGACGCACCUCACUCGGCAUCAAAGAAUUCACACUGGGGAGAAGCCGUAUCAGUGUUUGAAGUGUGCAAAGAGCUUCAAUUGGAAGACGCACCUCACUCGGCAUCAAAGAAUUCACACUGGGGAGAAGCCUUAUCAGUGUUUGGAAUGUCCAAAGAGCUUCAGGUGGAAGAGUGAUUUCAAUCUUCAUCAAAGAAUUCACACAGGGGAGAAGCCAUAUCAGUGUUUGAAGUGUGCAAAGAGCUUCAAUUGGAAGACGCACCUCACUCGGCAUCAAAGAAUUCACACUGGGGAGAAGCCAUAUCAGUGUUUGGAGUGUCCAAAGAGCUUCAGGUGGAAGAGUAAUUUCAAUCUUCAUCAAAGAAUUCACACUGGGGAGAAGCCAUAUCAGUGUUUGAAGUGUGCAAAGAGCUUCCGUCAGAAGACAGAUCUCACUUCUCAUCAAAGAAUUCACACAGGGGAGAAGCCAUAUCAGUGUUUGAAGUGUGCAAAGAGCUUCAAUUGGAAGACGCACCUCACUCGGCAUCAAAGAAUUCACACUGGGGAGAAGUCUUAUCAGUGUUUGGAAUGUCCAAAGAGCUUCAGGUGGAAGAGUGAUUUCAAUCUUCAUCAAAGAAUUCACACUGGGGAGAAGCCAUAUCAGUGUUUGAAGUGUGCAAAGAGCUUCCGUCAGAAGACAGAUCUCACUUCUCAUCAAAGAAUUCACACAGGGGAGAAGCCAUAUCAGUGUUUGAAGUGUGCAAAGAGCUUCAAUUGGAAGAUGCACCUCACUCGGCAUCAAAGAAUUCACACUGGGGAGAAGCCGUAUCAGUGUUUGAAGUGUGCAAAGAGCUUCAAUUGGAAGACGCACCUCACUCGGCAUCAAAGAAUUCACACUGGGGAGAAGCCUUAUCAGUGUUUGGAAUGUCCAAAGAGCUUCAGGUGGAAGAGUGAUUUCAAUCUUCAUCAAAGAAUUCACACUGGGGAGAAGCCAUAUCAGUGUUUGAAGUGUGCAAAGAGCUUCAGUCGGAAGACACAUCUCACUUCUCAUCAAAGAAUUCACACAGGGGAGAAGCCAUAUCAGUGUUUGAAGUGUGCAAAGAGCUUCAAUUGGAAGACAGGUCUCACUUCUCAUCAAAGAAUUCACACUGGGGAGAAGCCAUAUCAGUGUUUGAAGUGUGCAAAGAGCUUCAAUUGGAAGACACAUCUCACUUCUCAUCAAAGAAUUCACACUGGGGAGAAGCCUUAUCAGUGUUUGAAGUGUUCAAAGACCUUCAGUCAGAAGAGAUAUAUUCAUUCACAUUAAGGAACUGACACUGGGGAGAAUGUAUACCAUUGUUUGCUGUGUCCAAAUAGCUCCAGUGAGGAGUCUGAUUUCCCAUCAAAGAAUUCACAUUGGAGAAAAACCAUAUAAAUGCUUGGAGUGUAGAAAGAGCAGUUCUCAGAUGGUAACACUUAAUCCUCAUCAAAGACUUCAUACAGGGAAGAAAGUUUAAAGUGGUUCAUUUUGUUGGAAAUCUGACAUAAAUAACCAAAUAAUUCACACAUGGGAUAAACCUCAAAGGAGUUGCAACCAACAGAUCUAUUAAUGUGUUGAGACUGAGAUGGCAACAUUUUUCUUGUUACUUGCUGUGAAGACUUGUACAGAUGGUGAGAAGAUGUAACAGGACACUUUCUUAGUUAAAUGCAUUUUACAUUUACUUAACUAUUUUUGUACAUGCAUUAAGAAUAAAUGAAUGAGUUCAAACCACACAGAAAGGA